GAAACAUGGCUGCGUCCUUAAACAUGAAUACUCAUGUACACCGAUUUAAUAUCUCCCUUUAUCACUAUUAAACAGUUGUUUGAUUCGAGUUAAACGAACCGGUUUAAGAGACCAUUUGGUAAAUACCUAAAAUACGGAACUAAUACAGCAACUGUUAUCGAAACCUGAUGAAAUAUGGAAGCAGUAGCGCAAUCACCUCAGAUUUGCACUUCGCGUUUUGAGGACUGACGACAACUGUGAUUGACCCAGAGUGUUCAAACAGGACUAAAGGAGCAUUUUGUCCCUCGGUUGCUUUAUUAAAGCGAUGUUUAAUCCUGUAAAAUCAUCUUAUUCUAGAGUGAGCCCGGCGAUUGUUAAUCGGGAGCUGGGAAAGACAAAGAUGAGAUAGCAAUAGGUGAAACUUUCAGUUUUCCGUAUAAACGAAACUCAGUUCAGUUGAAGAGCAGGAGGUAUAUCGAUUCAAAGUUUUGUGAAGAUGUUCGGGGAUCUGUUCGAGGAAGACGGCGAAGGGUUUUCCUCCACACCUGGGACAGGUAAUGCAGUAAAGGGGAGAGAGUCGGAGCCUCCUCCCCCCAGAGGUAAAGCCAAACUCUGCGGGAUCAAGAAUCAGGGUGGCACCUGUUACCUCAACUCCCUGAUCCAGACCCUUCUGUUCACACCUGAGUUUAGAGAGGAACUGUUCAGCCUUGGACCGGAUGAAUUAGGGUGUCUGGCUGACAAAGACAAACCGGAGGCAAAGGUCCGUGUGAUCCCACUGGAGCUUCAGAGACUGUUUGCUCAUCUUUUGCUGGCAGACGAACAGACGGCCUCUACAACAGAUCUGACAGACAGUUUUGGAUGGACCAACAAUGAGGAAACGGCUCAGCAGGAUGUUCAGGAACUGAACCGGAUCCUGUUCUGUGCUUUAGAAAGCUCUUUAGUGGGCACAUUGGGCAGCAGCCUCAUACACCGCCUGUACCACGGGACGCUUGUCAACCAGAUCACCUGCAAGGAGUGUGGCAAUAUCAGUGAGAGACAGGAGGAUUUUCUGGACCUUACCGUAUCAGUAAGGGGCGUGAGUGGAUUAGAGGAGGCGCUGUGGAAUAUGUUUGUUGAUGAGGAGCUCUUUGAGGGUAAUAACCUGUAUCGCUGCAGCAGAUGUGACCAACUGGUCAGGGCUGCUAAGUCUGCUAAACUGAGAAAGCUUCCACCGUUCCUGACCAUUUCUCUGUUGAGGUUUAACUUUGACUUUGCCAAGUGUGAGCGCUAUAAAGAGACCGGAAGCUACGUUUUCCCACUCAACUUUAACCUCAGAGCAUUUUGUGAGCAGAGCAACUUGCCAGACUCUGAGUAUUCGUACGAGCUCUUCUCUGUCAUCAUACAUAAAGGAGGUUGUUAUGGUGGCCAUUAUCAUGUUUACAUCAAAGACCUUGAUCAACUUGGCCACUGGGAGGCACCGGAGGAAGAUGUAAAAGUUAAGACAAAGAGCCGGAGACAAGAGACCCGGGUACAAGAAGAGAAGAGCGACAAUGAGAACUCCGUGGACACAGAUGAUCCACUUUCUGUUCUUACUGCCAUUCUGGCUCAGAACAAGUGCAAUUCAAGACCCAACACGUCAGCUAGUGCCAUGCAGAGCUUAUCAUCUAGUCUGUUUGGUGCAACCAAGAGUCAUGAGGAGUCAAACUGUGUGCUUGUAGACCAGCUGGGCCAAAAGUUGAUGAAUAAAACUGGCACACCUUGGAGCAAAAAAUACAAAAAACAGUACGGCACCAUUAGCAAGUUUCUUCAGAACCACCCAGAAGUGUUUCUGCUGGUCUCUAAUGGAAGCCGGGUCACUCUGAAGACUGUUCCUGUGACAUCAGAACCUGGGCUGACAGAACCCGUCAGUCCAACCUUGUCCAACAGCAACAUGGAGCCAGAAUUAGAAGAUACAGUAGAUGGAUGCCACUGGUUUGACCUAAAUGACUCUACUGUAACGGCCAUUUCAGAGAAGGACAUAGAGAAGCAGUUUCAGGGAAAAGAGAGCGCCUACAUGCUCUUCUACAGGAAGUCCACAAUGAAAAGACCUCCAGAAGCAAUAGGAAACCCUGCAUACAAAAUGCCGCCUCACCUACUAAAGAUGGUGGAAGAUGAGAACGCAAGGCUUCAACAGAGAAGAGCUGAGUUUGAUGCCACCAGUAACAGCAUUGAAGUACGGCUGCAUUUGGCUCCUCAUUACCACUGUGAAAACGGAGCCUUGCACCCCACGGUCCCGGAUAAUGACUCUAUAAUUACAGUCACGUUUGAUCGCAGGAAGACUGUGGGAGACUUGCGAUUGGCCAUUUACCAGAUGCAGGAUCUUUGGGAAGGAGACAUGGCUUUGACUCUGGCUAAGAAUGUGCCAGCUGGAUUACAUUUGUAUGACACACUGACAGAUGACCAGAUGUCCCUGUAUAGUGCAGGAGUGUGUAAUGGCACUGAUCUCUUUGUUUGGAAUGGAAGAGAGGUGAAUGGUGUGGCGGUUCGAACCGGGGCUGAAUGGGAGCCUGUAUUACUGACUGUCCUGCGUCCCUCUGCAGAAGAGCUGGGUUGUGAUGAUCAGUCAGAGGACGGAGACACAGGCGGUUCUGGUCUGGUGCGAUCCAUGAAAGGCUUUGCCGGUGGGGCCACGCUGGGUGCGGUGCUCGAGGCCUUAGGACCCCAAGAGGCCCUGCUAUGCCAGGAACAGAGUCGCCCGGGGGCAAAUGGAGGCGGGGCCAGUGGCUGGAGGGUUUUUCCACCUCAAGACCUGCAGAGGACGCUGAGAGAGUUGUCUCUGAAGGACGGGGAUGCCCUAUUGCUCCUGCAGCCAGAGGAACUGGACACCAGUAUGUUUAGCGUCAAUGGUGAUAUGGUUACGGUGACGACGCCCUCAGACUGUCGGUGGCUGCAGGUGGAGUUUUGUCCACAGAAUGGAAUGAGACAGGAAGAGGAGGAACAGGAGAAAAAGAAGAGUAAAGUCUCCGCCUCAGGGAACAUGCUGCUGUCUGAAGUGAAGGACAAAGCUCUUGAGGAACUUCAUCUCCAGGAUAAACUCAGUGGUGUGGAGUGCUGUCUGAGACAGAUGGAUCGAACUGGAAAACUUUUGCCUCCAGCGCAUGAGCAUCUGAGUGUUCGGGAUGCAGGGAUCAGGUUGAUGACAUCGCUCUAUCUGUGCCCCGGAGCAGCGCCAACAGCACAACAGUUGUUCUUGUACUUCAGUGUUGGUCUAGCGCCCUCUGCUGGUCCGGAGCUGGAGAUUAUUGUCGAGGAGUCUCUAACUGUUAAAGAGUGCCUUAAGGCAAUGUUGCACAUGGCAAGACUUGAAGGUGAUGCGUGGCACUUAAGAAGAUUGGAUUGGUGUGAAGAGAUUGGAGAACCUAUUAUGGAUGAGAAUGCAUCUCUGAAAGAGGCAAAGGUUAACCAUGGAGACACACUGGUGCUGGUGGAGGGGCGACUUCCUCCAAAGGGUUACCUUAAGCUUCCUGUCAGGAUGUACAUGGAUACGUUUGAUAAACCCAGUAUUCCAGAGAUCAGCCUAGAAGCAGAAUCUCAAAGCACCGAGAUGUCAGCCACAGAGUGGUCUGGAUUGGAGAUGAGAUUCGUUGGAUAUGUUGAGAUAUCAGAUGAAGCUUCACUUGAUGAUCUCAAGACUCAGGUGAUGACUUUGCCAGCCCUUCAGGAUGUGUGUGUCCCCAGCCCUGCGUUCCUGCGCGUGUGGCUGCUGGAGGGAAGAAACAUGACCAGGAUACUCAGAGGAAAACACCAGACACUCAGGAAACUGAAGCUGGGGAAUGGGGUGGAGUUGUGCGUUCAGAGGUUGAUGAAAGAAGAGGACCUGGGACUAAAAGAUAUACUGCUGACGGUUCAAGUAGGGGUGCCUGGAGAGAAGACGUAUUAUCCCGCAGAGGAGUUUUUGUGGGACGCUGGCCGUGACGGGACGGCGAAAGGCCUGUACGCUGCUCUGGCCGCUCAGUUUGGUCUCACCCCUGACAACCUGAUUCUGGCUAAACACCUGCCUGACAAACACACCUGGAUGCCCAUCUCCAACUGGACUCAACAGGUCUCAAAAAGGAAGAAGAAGAGAAAAGCUGAAAGUCUACAGGCAGCUCCUUUCAACCUAAAAGAUGGGGAUAUUAUAGGUGUCAAGAAUCUGUUAAUAGACACUAAUAAAGAAUUCAGCACUCUGCAGGAUGAGAUUGGUCAGCAGAGACUCAGGGAGGAGGCAACCAAUCACAAAACAAGGGGGCACACUGCCGUUGAGGACACAGGCCCCAAGAAGUCCGGCCCGACCAAGAACCGGAAACCAGAGGUGGCCUUAUCGAUAAACGUAGGAGUGUUCAGGUAACCCAAACUGUGAACAACCACCUCGGACAUGACCGUUGGUGGCGUCAGUCUUCAUAACGUGCCAGUCACUAAGCCAAAAGCUGGUGAUGCCAAUACAGAAAGUCCACUGCUCACCAGUCCAGACCAGACUGAAGAUGGUGGUAACAGCUUGUCAUGGAAAAAAAUAAGAUCUUAUGGGCACACUAAAAGUUCCGAGAUCCAAAUACUUUCCUGGGGUUCUUUUGGGUGACGAAUUGGAAAAAUCACGAUGAACAUGCAACCCUUUUGAGCACACAAAGUGACAUCUUAAAUCUAUCUUUAUAUGCAAUCCAAGAGUAGUUCUCUACAUGAGUAGAAGAAUCUUUUUUUGAAUGCCCGCGAUUUCCCUGCUUCGCAUUUGUGAGAAUGUAUUUGUGUGGAUUUAUAUAUGAUAAUGGUUGCGGUUGUUUCUGUAUGCUAUGAAGAAAAUUACCAUUUUUUCUUAAACUGAAUCAUCACAAUACUGUAAUACCAUAUUUGUUUUACACAGAUAUCUGCAAUGAUGUUUAGUUAUUUAUCAGUUGCAAUGUUUAUGCUCUUGAGACAUCAGAUCAUACUGUAAAAUCAUUUUGGGAUUUAAACAUUACUUUAUAAAAAGAAAUUACAGACCCCCAAAGAAACAUUUUGGCAUUAUUUGUUCACCCUCAUGUCAUUCCAAACCUGAUCUCUGGCUCCACCCUCUCUACCACAGAAUCUGCAGGGAAUUCAAUAAAAAAAGUAUAAAUAAAAUACUGUUUUUAAACACAA